AAGAAAGAAAGAAAGAAAGAAAGAAAGAAAGAAAGAAAGAAAGAAAGAAAGAAAGAAAGAGAAAGAAACUGCAGAGAUGGACAUGCAACCAAAUGCUGUCAUACAUAAACUCAACCUGACUAAGGGUUACACUAUAGAAGUUCGAGGUAUCAUUGACCAUGAUGCUAACAGAUUUGCAAUUGAAUUGGGAAAAGAUGCCGACAAUGUUAUCAUCCAUUUCAACCCUCGAUUUGACUACUCCGUCGAUAAAAACAUUAUAAUCUGCAAUUCAAAGCACAACAAUGUGUGGGGGAGUGAACAGAAGGAGCCGGCGUUCCCCUUUCAGAAGGGCUCAGAGACCAUGAUUGCCUUUGAGUUUCAAAAUGACAUUCGGGUGAAGCUGCCGGAUGGCCGACAAUUUACGUUCCCUCUUCGGGUACCUGAGGAUGUUAUUCAGUUCCUGGCUCUGUAUAGCUUUCAUAUCAGGUCGAUUUCUAUUCAUUUUUCAGCUCUUUAAUCUGCACUGCCACCAAGUGCAGGUUCUUCUACAUCUAUCAAGUUCAACUCUCUUCUAAGAGAAGAUGAAUCAAAGCAAGACAAACAGACCCAUGGCAAGCAAAUGUACAAAUAGGCAUGACCCCAAAAAAAGUAAUAAAAUUGCUCCCUGGAUCAUUUACAAUUGGUCAUUUACUGAAUCAUUAUUGUAUAUGUUCUCUUAAGAGUAAAAUAUCCAAUCCAGUGAUUGAGUCCAGUCACUCACUAGAAAUGAUUUACCUUUACAUCCCUACAGUAAUAAAUAAACUUCUCUUUUGCUGUUAUAACUCCUUUUUUGCUUAAUACUACAUUCCAGAAUGUAAUUGACAGAAAGAUCCCCAGGUCGUAAGCAUUCAGAAUAAUAAAUCCUAAACCUGUAGUUUAUUUACUAUCUAAUGCAUGCUGAUCAUGAAACAGUCCUGGUUUUUUUAAUUUGUAAUUGUUUUAGCCUAGGCACAAACAUUCUGCUUAAUAGGUCCUACAUCUAUAUAAUAAACAUUCUGAUCAA